AUGUCGUUCUUUAACUCGUUCGGAAGAUCUAUGACACGGGCACCUCGCCCUCCGAAACGCUCUACGACACCGACCUCUUCGUCGUUUCCGUCCACUGAGUCACUACCUGGCACGCCGACAAUGCCAGCAGCUCCCAAGCCACUUUACCUAUGUAGCCCGUUCGUGGAGGCGGCGCUCGUCAAGGGGAAUUUCAAGCACAUUGUUAUGCUUCCGAAGUAUGCAGACGUUAUGGAGUGGGUUGCUGCCAACAUUUUUGAUUUCUAUCAGAACCUCAACUUGUUCUAUGGAGCGCUCUCUGAGUGCUGUACUCAGCAGUCGUGUCCCACUAUGUCAGCUGGACCAUCUUUGAACUACACAUGGAUCAAUCAGGACCGGAAGAGUGUCCAACUGCCUGCACCCACGUACAUCGACUACGUGAUGACCUGGGUGCAAGACUUGCUUGACGACGACAACGUGUUCCCCACGAAAUCUGGGCGGGAAUUCCCUCAAACGUUCCCAUCGACCGUGAAGCAUGUAUAUCGCCAACUGCUACGCGUCUUCGCGCACUUGUAUUACGUACACUACCCGCAGAUCCUUCAUCUCCGUAGUGAACCGCACUUCAACUCCCUGUUCGCACACUUCCUCGCGUUCGGCAAGGAGUAUGAGCUGCUAGAUAUCAAGGAUGUCAAGGGUCAGCCCAACUCGCCCGUCGGCAUCGGCGCGCUGUGGGACCGAUGGAAAGAGAUGGGCAUCCUGGAGGCAUGA